CCUCAUUCUCUCCCUUUCCAUCACCCCGCCCCAUUCUCCGCUUUCCAUCACCCCACCACAUUCUCCCACUUUCCAUCACCCCGCCCCCUUCUAUCUCCUUCCAUCACCCCACCCCAUUCUCCCGCUUUCCAUUAGCCCGCCCCAUUCUCCCGCUUUCCAUCACCCCUCCCAUUUCUCCCACUUUCCAUCUCCCCGCCCAUUCUCCGCUUUCCAUCACCCCGACCCAUUCUCCCGCUUUCCAUCACCCCGGCCCAUUCUUCCGCUUCCUUUCAUCCCGCCCCAUUCCCCGCUUUCCAUCACACCUCCCCAUUCUCCCUCCUUCCAUCACCCGCUCCAUUCUCUCGCUUUCCAUCACCCCGCCCCAUUCUCCCGCUUCCCAUCACCCGCCCCAUUCUCCCGCUUUCCAUCACCCCGCCCCAUUUCCCGCUUUCCAUCACCCCGUCCAUUCUCCCGCUUCCAUCACCCUGCCCCAAUCUCCCGCUUUCCAUCACCCACCCCAUUCUCCCUCCUUCCAUCACCCCGCCCCAUUCUCCCGCUUUCCAUCACCCCGCCUCAUCUCCCGCUUUCCAUAUCCCCACCCCAUUCUCCGCUUUCCAUCACCCCGCCACAUUCUCCCACUUUCUCACCCCGCCCCCUUCUCUCUCCUUCCAUCACCCCGCCCCAUUCUCCCUCCUUCCAUCACCCUGCCCAUCCUCCCGCUUUCCAUCAGCCCGCUCCAUUGUCCGCUUCCAUCACCCCUCCCUUUCUCCCGCUUUCCAUCUCCCCGGCCCAUUCUCCCGCUUUCCAUCACCCCCCCAUUCUCCUGCUUUCCAUCACCCCGCCCCAUUCUUCCGCUUCCCAUCAUCCCGCCCCGUUCCCCCGCUUUCAUCACCCCUCCCCAUUCUCCCUCCUUCCAUCACCCGCCCCAUUCUCUCGCUUUCCAUCACCCCGCCCCAUUCUCCGCUUUCCAUCACCCCGACCCAUUCUCCCGCUUUCCAUCACCCCGCCCCAUUCUUCCUCCUUCCAUCACCCGCCCCAUUCUCCCGCCUUCCAUCACCCCGCCCAUUCUCCCUCCUUCCAUCAACCCGCCCAUUCUCCCGCUUCCCAUAACCCCACCCCAUUCUCCCGCUUUCCAUCACCCCGCCACAUUUUCCCACUUUCCAUCACCCGCCCCUUUCUCUCCUUCCAUCACCCGCCCCAUUUCCCUCCUUCCAUCAACCGCCCCAUUCUCCCGCUUUCCAUCAGCCGCCCCAUUCUCCCGCUUUCCAUUACCCCACCCCUUUCUCCCGCUUUCCAUCUCCUGCCCCAUUCUCCCGCUUUCCAUCACCCCGCCCCAUUCUCCCGCUUUCCAUCACCCAGCCCCAUUCUCCGCUUUCCAUCACCCCGCCCCAUUCUCCCGCUUUCCAUCACCCAGCCCCAUCUCCCGCUUUCCAUCAUCCCGCCCCAUUUUCCCGCUUUCCAUCACCCCGUCCAUUCUCCCGCUUCCAUCACCUGCCCCAACUCCCGCUUUCCAUCACCCCACCCAUUCUCCCGCCUUCCAUCACCCCGCCCCAUUCUCCCGCUUUCCAUCACCCCGCCCCAUUCUCCCGCUUUCCAUCACCCAGCCUCAUUCUCCCGCUUCCAUCACCUGCCCCAUUCUCCCGCUUUCCAUCACCCCGCCCCAUUCUCCCGCUUUCCAUCACCCCGCCCCAUUCUCCCUCCUUCCAUCUCCCGCCCCAUUCUCCCGCUUUCCAUCACCCCCCGCCCCAUUCUCCCGCUUUCCAUUACCCCGCCCCUUUCUUCCGCUUUCCAUCUCCCCGCCCCAUUCUCCCGCUUUCCAUCACCCCGCCCCUUUCUCCUGCUUUCCACACCCAGCCCCAUUCUCCCGCUUUCCAUCACCCGCCCCAUUCUCCCGCUUCCAUCACCCGCCCCAUUCUCCGCUUUCCAUCACCCCGCCCCAUUUUCUUGCUUUCCAUCACCCGCCCCAUUCUCCUGCUUUCCAUCACCCUGCCCCAUCUCCCGCUUUCCAUCACCCCACCCCAUUCUCCCUCCUCCUUCCAUCACCCGCCCCAUUCUCCCGCUUUCCAUCAACCCGCCCCAUUCUCCCGCUUUCCAUCACCCAGCCUCAUUCUCCGCUUUCCAUCACCCCGCCCCAUUCUCCCGCUUUCCAUCACCCCGCCCCAUUCUCGCUUUCCAUCACCCCGCCCAUUCUCCCUCCAUCCAUCACCCCGCCCCAUUCUCCGGCAUUCCAUCACCCCGUCCCAUUCUCUCCUUUCCAUCACCCCGCCCCAUUCUCCCUCCUUCCAUCACCCGCCCCAUUCUCCCGCUUUCAUCAGCCCGCCCCAUUCCCGCUUCCCAUAACCCCACCCCUUCUCCCGCUUUCCAUCACCCGCCACAUUCUCCCGCUUUCUAUCACCCCGCCCUAUUCUCCCUCCUUCCAUCACCCCGCCCCACUCUCCCGCUUUCCAUCACCCCGCCCCAUUCUCUCGCUUUCCAUCACCCGCCCCAUUCUCCCUCCUUCCAUCACCCCGCCAAAUUCUCCCGCUUUCCAUCACUCCGCCCCAUUCUCCCUCCUUCCAUCACCCCGCCCCAUUUCCCCCCUUCCAUCACCCGCCCCCAUUCUCCCGCUUCCCAUAACCCCACCCUAUUCUCCGCUUUCCAUCACCCCGCCACAUUCUCCCACUUUCAUCACCCCGCCCCCUUCUCGCUCCUUCCAUCACCCCGCCCCAUUCUCCCGCUUCCAUAGCCCGCCCCAUUCUCCCGCUUUCCAUCACUCCUCCCAUUUCUCCCACUUUCCAUCUCUUCGCCCCAUUCUCCUGCUUUCCAUCACCCCGACCAUUCUCCCGCUUUCCAUCACCCGGCCCAUUCUUCCGCUUCCCAUCAUCCCGCCCCAUUCCCCGCUUUCCAUCACCCCUCCCCAUUCUCCCUCCUCCAUCACCCCGCUCCAUUCUCUCGCUUUCCAUCACCCCGCCCCAUUCUCCCGCUUCCAUCACCCGCCCCAUUUUCCCGCUUUCCAUCACCCGUCCCAUUCUCCCGCUUCCAUCACCCUGCCCCAAUCUCCCGCUUUCCAUCACCCCACCCAUUCUCCCUCCUUCCAUCACCCCGCCCCAUUCUCCCGCUUUCCAUCACCCCGCCACAUUCUCCCGCUUCCCAUAUCCCCACCCCAUUCUCCCGCUUUCCAUCACCCCGCCACAUUCUCACUUUCUAUCACCCCGCCCCCUUCUCUCUCCUUCCAUCACCCGCCCCAUUCUCCCUCCUUCCAUCACCUGCCCCAUUCUCCCGCUUCCAUCACAGCCCGCCCCAUUGUCCCGCUUUCCAUCACCCCUCCUCUUUCUCCCGCUUUCCAUCUCCCCGCCCCAUUCUCCGCUUUCCAUCACCCCGCCCCAUUCUCGUGCUUUCCAUCACCCCGCCCCAUUCUUCCGCUUCCCAUCAUCCCGCCCCGUUCCCGCUUUCCAUCACCCUCCCCAUUCUCCCUCCUUCCACACCCGCCCCAUUCUCUCGCUUUCCAUCACCCGCCCCAUUCUCCCGCUUUCCAUCACCCCGCCCCAUUCUCCCGCUUUCCAUCACUCCGCCCCAUUAUUUCUCCUUCCAUCACCCCGCACCAUUCUCCCUCCUUCCAUCACCCGCCCCAUUCUCCCGCUUUCCGUCACCCGCUCCAUUCUCCCGCUUUCCAUCACCCCGCCCCAUUCUCCCGCUUUCCAUCACCCGCCCCAUUUUCCCGCUUUCAUCACCCGUCCCAUUCUCCCGCUUCCAUCACCCUGCCCAAUCUCCCGCUUUCCAUCACCCUACCCCAUUCUCCCUCCUUCCAUCACCCGCCCCAUUCUCCGCUUUCCAUCACCCCGCCUCAUUCUCCCGCUUCCCAUAUCCCCACCCCAUUCUCCGCUUUCCAUCACACCGCCACAUUCUCCCACUUUCUAUCACCCCGCCCCUUCUUUCUCUUCCAUCACCGCCCCAUUCUCCUCCUUCCAUCACCCUGCCCCAUCCUCCGCUUUCCAUCAGCCCGCCCCAUUGUCCCGCUUUCCAUCACCCUCCCCUUCUCCCGCUUUCCAUCUCCCCGCCCAUUCUCCCGCUUUCCAUCACCCCGCCCCAUUCUCCUGCUUUCCAUCACCCCGCCCCAUUCUUCCGCUUCCCAUCAUCCGCCCCGUUCCCCCGCUUUCCAUCACCCCUCCCCAUUCUCCCUCCUUCCAUCACCCGCCCCAUUCUCUCGCUUUCCAUCACCCUGCCCAUUCUCCCGCUUCCAUCACACCGACCCAUUCUCCCGCUUUCAUCACCCCGCCCCAUUCUUCUCCUUCCAUCACCCGCCCCAUUCUCCCGCCUUCCAUCACCCCGCCCCAUUCUCCCUCCUUCCAUCACCCCGCCCCAUUCUCCCUAAUUCCAUCACCCUGCCCCAUUCUCCCGCUUUCCAUCACCCCGCCCCAUUCUCCCGCUUCCAUAACCCCACCCCAUUCUCCGCUUCCAUCACCCCGCCCACAUUUUCCCAUUUCCAUCACCCGCCCCCUUCUCUCUCCUUCCAUCACCCCGCCCCAUUCUCCCUCCUUCCAUCAACCCGCCCCAUUCUCCCGCUUUCCAUCAGCCGCCCCAUUCUCCCGCUUUCCAUUACCCCGCCCCUUUCUCCCGCUUCCAUCUCCCUGCCCCAUUCUCCACUUCAAUCACCCGCCCAUUCUCCCGCUUCCAUCACCCAGCCCAUUCUCCCGCUUUCCAUCACCCCGCCCCAUUCUCCCGCUUUCCAUCACCCAGCCCCCAUUCUCCCGCUUUCCAUCACCCCGCCCCAUUUUCCCGCUUUCCGUCACCCCGUCCCAUUCUCCCGCUUCUAUCACCCUGCCCCAAUCUCCCGCUUUCCAUCACCCCACCCCAUUCUCCCUCCUUCCAUCACCCCGCCCCAUUCUCCCGCUUUCCCAUCACCCCGCCCAUUCUCCCGCUUUCCACCACCCAGCCUCAUUCUCCGCUUUCCAUCACCCUGCCCAUCUCCCCGCUUUCCAUCACCCGCCCCAUUCUCCCGCUUUCCCACCCCGCCCCAUUCUCCCUCUUCCAUCUCCCCGCCCCAUUCUCCCGCUUUCCAUCACCCCGUCCCAUUCUCCCUCCUUCCAUCACCCGCCCCAUUCUCCCUCCUUCCAUCACCCCGCCCCAUUCUCCCUCAUUCCAUCACCCUGCCCCAUUCUCCGCUUUCUUAUCACCCCGCCCCAUUCUCCGCUUCCCAUAACCCACCCCAUUCUCCCGCUUUCCAUCACCCCGCCACAUUUUCCCACUUUCCAUCACCACGCCCCCUUCUCUCUCCUUCGUCACCUCGCCCCAUUCUCCCUCCUUCCAUCAACCCGCCCCAUUCUCCCGCUUUCCAUCAGCCCGGCCCCAUUCUCCCGCUUUCCAUUACCCCGCCCCUUUCUCCCGCUUCCAUCUCCCUGCCCCAUUCUCCCGCUUUCCAUCUCCCGCCCCUUUCUCCUGCUUUCAUCACCCAGCCCCAUUCUCCGCUUUCCAUCAACCCGCCCCAUUCUCCCGCUUUCCAUCACCCAGCCCCAUUCUCCGCUUUCCAUCACCCCGCCCCAUUUUCUUGCUUCCAUCACCUCGCCCCGUUCUCCCGCUUUCCAUCACCCUGCCCCAAUCUCCCGCUUUCCAUCACCCCACCCCAUUCUCCCUCCAUCCAUCACCCCGCCCCAUUCUCCCGCUUUCCAUCAACCCGCCCCAUUCUCCCGCCUUCCAUCACCCAGCCUCAUUCUCCCGCUUUCCAUCACCCGCCCCAUUCUCCCGCUUUCCAUCACCCCGCCCCAUUCUCCCACUUUCCAUCACCCGCCCCAUUCUCCCUCCUUCCAUCACCCCGCCCCAUUCUCCGGCAUUCCAUCACCCC